AUGGUUACCUCGCAAGAUACGGCGUGGAUUGUCUACACCAUUGUGUUUAUAUUACAGGGCAUUGUGCUAGGUGUACGUAGCAGGCACAAUUUACUAUUGCUCCCUUUUGUUGUAUUCACACUUUUAUCGGCUGUGGGGCACAUUAUCAUGAUUGAACGCAAUUAUCAAGGUGAUACACUAGUGCUCUUGGCAGACAGGAGCGUCAUCACCAAUCAUAUGCCUAUUUUUUCAUUCCUCUUGUAUGCUGGUAUCAUCGGGUGUCAACUUGUUUGCAUUCAAAACAGUAUUGCAAAUAGCCACGUACAACAACAGCCACCAUCACCAUCAUCCUCCAAAGAUGCUACAAGUGAAAAGCAGCAACACCGCUUAUUGUUUAUCAGCCGAGCGCGUCUAGGCCGUAGACCGCCUAUGUAUUGGGUCAUCAUUAGCCAUUUAUUAGCCUACGGUUGUUUGGUGCUAGCAUUUAUAUGUGUGCGGGUUACGCGUGAUGAUGAUUUAUCUGCCACCCGCCGAUCGCUCGCUAGUCUCGUCACAUCCAUGCUGGGGAUCAUUGUUAGUAACAGCGCCCUUUUAUACUGGUUCACGUUUUGUCGACAAUCGAUAUCUAUUGCAUCCAGGACAAGCAAGCAACAUUAUUACGAUACGUGGUUGGUGCGUAUUAUCAUGUUUUUGUAUUUGGUUUUCAUGACAGGCAUGGCUACCGAAGCAUGGCUAUUCUACGGCAUGUUAGAGAAUCGUCACGUCAACUACCACCUGUCAGCCGGUCCUGGCAGCUGGAUUGCACUUGAAACCACGCUUGUCUAUUUGCCCAUCUACAUUAUCCUUGGCAUUCUUGUCAUUCUUCGAUGCUUUCGCCAACUAAGCGAUGCUGAUAUCGAGUCUCCCAACGACACAGGUUCAUCCACGACGGCUACAGGUCCUCGCAGCUUACGAUUUCUUUGGAGUUCUCGUAACAACCACCCACAUCGUCACUUAGAAGAGGAUACCACUUAA